AUGGCCGCAGACGUUUCAGCGCACUUAACAUACCUCCAAUGGCAACCCAGCUACAGCCAUACGCGGCCAUAUCGCAAUUCCCAGUUCAUCGGGCGCAGAAGGCCCAACAGAAAACAACAGCAAGCCGACACCAACUUGGUGUUCCGCGUGGCGGAUCAUCCAGAGACAAUAAGAGAUGUCAGGGGACUGCCUAGGUUUGAUCUCGACACCAAUGGUUUCGCUUACACGAGAUGCGGUCCGCCGGCUCUCACAGAGGCAUGGAUGUAUUCGGAUCCAAAGAAGAUUGAGAAUAUUUUUCUGCCAGAGUGCGAGGACAUCUUGAGAAGGGAGGUCGAGGGGGCGGACGAGGUGAUGAUUUUCGAUUGGAAGAUCAGGAAGCGAAAAAGUGCAAAGGACAGACGAAGAAGGAACCCCAAUUUGCAGGGCUUUGCCCGGCAGGUCCAUAUUGACACGCUUCUGACUCGGGACGAGCUGGGAAUGCCUGUAAUGGAGCGUAUACGGAACCAUCUUCCACCGGAAUCUCGACAUCUUCUCUCGAGGCGAGUCCGGCUAAUCAAUCUCUGGCGGCCCAUAAGCGGUCCAAUCGAGGAUCACCCCAUGGCCGUAUGCGACAGACAAACGUCGGACACAUCCUCGUUGAUCGAAACCGAUAUGAUCCGCGGCGAGUAUACCGGCACCAUGCUGUAUCCGCAGUACGAGCCGAACGGUUCAUGCCAGUGGUAUUAUAUGAGUCGACAGGACGUGGAGGACGUGCUCUUGUUCAAGGGGCUUGAUUCGGAGGAGGGUUCUGUCAAGUAUACUCCUCACACCUCGUUUACGCCAUUAAAGAACCCAGGCUCUGACAGUCCGCCGUCGCGUCCCAGGGUCAGCGUUGAGGUGAGAGCACUGGUCUUUUCGCAGCCGGGGUGA